GACGCCAAAGAAGCUUCGACUUUUUGCUCCUUUUUCCACAGAAAUGAAAUUUGUCAAUUACGGAAACACCCCUACGCCGCCCAUCCACACUCGUUAUCUCCGUCACAACUCCUUCCCCCCUCUCAGCUUCUCAGUCCAAUCAUCUGCCCAGAAAAAGCCUCAACUACCACCAAGUUAGAGAGAGAAGCUCAACAGAUACAGUCAAUGGCUGCUGUUCCAUUCGCAACUCUGUCGAGCGUCGGCCCAAUCUCGGGCCCGCGGAGCCUGUCUCAGACGGGGCUUCGGAGCUCCCCAUGUAGUUUCGUAAAUGUUCGGAAGUCGGUUUUACCCUCGGAUACAUCGUUCUUGUCGUCAAGCUUAUUUAAGUGUUCGUCAAACACUUCUUUGGGCAGGAAAACCGGGGUUCUUAGCCCGAUUCGUGCCUCUGCUGAGGUAGCAGAACCACAAUCAAAAGUGACCAACAGAGUGUAUUUUGAUGUGAGCAUUGGAAAUCCAGUGGGGAAGCUUGUUGGCAGGGUUGUUAUUGGUCUAUAUGGAGAUGAUGUACCCCAAACUGCAGAGAAUUUCCGUGCUCUUUGCACAGGAGAGAAGGGCUUUGGCUACAAAGGUUCGGCAUUUCAUCGUGUCAUCAAGGAUUUCAUGAUCCAAGGAGGAGACUUCGACAAGGGAAAUGGGACUGGCGGUAAAAGUAUAUACGGCCGUACAUUUAAAGAUGAGAAUUUCAAGUUGGUUCAUGUAGGACCUGGAGUUGUUAGCAUGGCAAAUGCAGGCCCAAACACCAAUGGGAGUCAAUUUUUUAUCUGCACCGUCAAGACACCAUGGCUGGAUCAAAGGCAUGUAGUGUUUGGGCAAGUUUUGGAAGGCAUGGACAUUGUUAAGUUGAUUGAGUCGCAAGAGACGGACAGAGGCGAUCGUCCCAGGAAGAAGGUGGUUAUCAGUGAAUGCGGCGAGCUUCCAGUGGUCUGAGGUGGAGUUUCGUUAUUUUCUUUCCCUUAGUUUUCUAGGGUCGGACCUUUCCAACUAAGAGAGCUUUUUAAUGAGGCUAUAUUGUCCAGUAAACCUCCCAAGCAUCUUGUUUCAUUUUUGUAUUACUAUAUGUUGUUGAGGUUAGAGAGAUUGAAAAGUUCGUCCCACGGUGCUUUCAAAUCAUUCUAUACCAGUGGAUAAGAGGAUGUGUUUUGGGGAUAAUGCCAUGAUAAUAUGCCAUUUCUGGAACCAAGUUUUAGAUUGUGGCGCAAUAAUCAGCAAUGAAUUAGGGAUUAAAAUGAC